AUGCUGGCAUUCGCGCCAGAUCUUGAAAUUUUCAGGCCUCUAUUUUUUUCCCUCUCAUGGUCGUGCACUACCAAAACACACACCCUUAUUCUUAUUCCAUCUCUGCUUCACGCCAGUGAUACGAUACACGAGUUUAUUCCUUACUUAACUAUGGCUAAUAUAGCUAGCCAGCUCAAUAAUCGAAAAUCAUGCAUUGCAAUCCAACUUAAUCAUAAUACAUACGGUUGGAAAACAAGUGAGUGA